AUGCUUGCCGUCGUGGCAUUAGUCAAUGGACAAAGAAGGUAUUAUAGUCUCGAAGACAUGCCCGAAACAAAUUUUGAUUGUCGUGAUAAAAUAUUAGGAGGAUAUUAUGCGGAUCUGGAAGCCAAUUGUCAAAUGUUUCACGUUUGCGUUAAAAUACCAGGACAGGGAGUACAAGAUUUUAGAUUUUUAUGUCCGAACGAAACGGCUUUCGAUCAAAAAAAUCAAAUUUGCGCCGAUUCCGGCGAUAUCGAUUGCGCCGGUUCAGGUCUUUAUUAUGAAAAUUUCGAUUUGUACAGAAUCGGAAGUUCUCCGGCUAAAAGAGUACCUGUACCACCAUCGACCGGUAACAAGGGUUCGGUCUUACCAUUGGGUCCCUCAACAAAAUCCCCCAUUUUGACAAACAACGUGUACGAAGAUGAUGAUUAUUAUUUACAAAAAAGUGAAACCGGAGAUAGAAGACUUCAUUCUAAAGAUAUUUUAAGUUCUUCGUCAAAUUUCUUUAACAAUCGUAAUAAAGGAAAAGAUUUAGAAGAAGAUGAAGAGGAAACAACGACUAAAAAACCGGAAAUAUUAAACAAUAGUCAAUAUAGGCCAAGACCGAGUCAACAAUUUAGACCUAAAACACAAUUUCAAUCGCAAUUUAGAAAACAAACGGAACAAACACCAACAACUCAACAAACCGUUGUCGAAAAUCAAAAUCAAUUAAACGAUAAGAAAAGAACUAAAAUUGCUGUAAGAAAAUUGACGAGGAAAAGACCGGAAGAUGAAGUAACCGUACGUCCGACUCAAGCCCCUCAACAACCGGGAUUUUCAUCAUUUACAACUCAAGUCACACAAAAAUUUGGUGGAUUCGGGGAUUCUAAUUCAAAAUAUAACACUGUGAGCCGUCCGACGACGACAACAUUAGCUCCCGUCAGUGGUGCCAACGGUGAUGUAUUUAAACAAAAUUUACCCCAGGGUUCGCAACAAAAUUUCCCGCAACAACAAUCGAGAUUUCCACCGUUUAAAAAAAUCGAACAAACAACUCCGGCAUUUUAUGAAUCGAGUCCGACUGUUGCGGGUUUGAAAAAUCCAGAACCUACAACAGACACGAAAAAAGAAACGACAGCUUUUAGUUUGUUAAAAAAUCCAAUCGUUGCUGCCGGAUCCAAUUACAAUCAAAAUAAUAGAGGAAACAACAAUAAUAAUUUUCAACAACAAAACAGGCAAACAACCGCUAAUUACCCACAAACAUCUGCCAAUGGAGUUUUACCAGCCUCGACAACAAAUGGAAACUUUCAAAAUCAAAAUUACCCACAACAACAACAACAACAGCAACAACAAGAACAACAAAAAUUUAACAGACCAGGAAAUAUAAAUUUUCCACAACAACAACAACAAAACCGAGUAAAUACACCAGCGACGCAAAACUUUCAACAAUCAAGACAAUUUCCAAACACACAACAAAAUUAUCCUGAACAACAACAACAAAAUCAACAACAAUCGCUAACGAACAGACAAAAUCCUACAUUGAGAACAUCUAACUUUCCACAACAAAGACAAAAUGGAAAUUCACCUCUUCCACAACAACAACAACAACCACAACAAGGUGUCAGUACCAACGGAAACUUUCAACAAAAUCGCCAACAAGUAAACAACGGAGUGGCACAAAACAGAGGACAAAAUUACAACAAUCAACAAACAUCAACCUCACAACAAAGUUACGAAGCACAAGGAAGUCGUCAAUACAACCAACGACAAACGUACAGUAGAAAUUUGGAAGAAUUCGACGAUGGCGACAAUCAAGAAUUUUUAAAAACGGCGCCAAGUAAUAAUUUCCGGCCGAGCGAUUUAAAUUCAUUCGCUAACAACAAUUACAAAAAUUACGAUACACCGAGACAAAACUUUUACUCAUCAUCCCAAUCGUCUACUAACCAACCUGGAAAUUCAUAUUCUCCAACGGGAUCCCCAUCGCAAAAACCGGAUUUGCCACAACCAUCAUCCCCAUCCAGACCUUUACCACAAAGAAUUUAUCCCUCACCGACGGCACCACCAAAACAAACAGAAAAAAAAGACGUAGCUUAUGAUUAUGCUUAUUAUGACGAUGCUGGUUCUUUUUCCGAUUACGGAAGUAGUUUCGAUCAUCUCGAGGUCAUCGACCUCGUAGUGGUAUUCGAUUCUCACUACGAGGGAAGAAAGAAGUCAUUGACCUCCAUCAGAACGUAA